GGCACUUCCGGCGUAACACGUUCCUUUGUGGAUGACAUAGUUUAUAUAAAAAUAUUUGUUCGUUGUAAAUUUUGCAAAUAUAUAAUUACCAUGCAAAUUACCAUAACAACAUUAUCUGAUCAGCUUUUUACGAUUGAAGUUAGUGAAGAUCUUGAGUUAGAGAAUUUUAAAGCGCUAUGUCAAGAAGAAACUGGUGUCCCUGCCCUAGAAAUGUCGAUAGUGUGGAACGGGCGACCCCUUCAUGACGACAAACUGACUUUGAAGCAGUACGGAAUUCAAAAUGGAGAAAUGGUUCUAAUUCAACAUCUACGCGGUCAAAUAUCACAAUCGCAAGCCGCAGGUCAUUCUAGAUCAGGUAGAUCAUUUAAGAGAACAAAAUUUGAAUAGUUCACUUUGAUUUAGUUUGUUUUUAAUUAACUUUUUAUUUACAGCCUAGGCCCAUCCUUUUUUACUUUUUUUUUUAUACUAAUCAUGCCCAAUGAGUAUGAGGCCAGUGCUGCUUGAAUGAAUGAAUAACAUUGAAUGGAUGGGAAAUACUGACGGGAGGGGGGGGGGGGCUUCUAAUCAAUUCAUUUGUAAUAAAUAAUAUUAGAGAUGUAGAAGUAUUAUUUUAAAAAUUGAAUUAAUUUUUAUAAUAUUUGUACUUUGUUUGGCUGGGCAUUUUUAAUAAAAUUUAAAAUAAUUGUUAUUGUCACCUUCACCUGGACUAUGUGGAAUGUUAGCCUAUUUGAAUUUGUUUAAUCAUAUUUCCUGCGCAACCUACUUCUCAUUCGAGUUAAAAUGAUAAAUCAAUUUAAAAAAUAGUCGGUAAAUUAUUUGAGAUCGUCCCACGAAUGCCGCCAUCUUGGUUUACACAACCAGUUAAUUCUGUCACUAAACCUAAACCAAAUGUAUCCCUAAACCUAACCUGAACCCUAAAUGAAUGUAUCCCUCAACUUAACCUAAACCCUAAUUCACUGCAACUAUAAUAAACACGCAAAGGACGUCAUGGGAUGAUCUCUAAGAAUUAGCCAAAUAGUCCAUUAACAGUUUGCUGUGGUUCACUCAAUCACUGCACUUCAAUACAUGACCUACUACUACUACUUCUACUAUAACUGGUACUACCAGCAAAAACCGGUAGUCAUUCAUUCAUCAUCCUUCAUCACUUCAAUUGCCAGUAACAUUUCCAAGUCAAUGGAGUUAGUGGCUGAUAGUGGUGUUACUGUUCAAAUGUAUAAUAAUUUGGGGUUAUCUUGCAGUUCAGGUGCGUAUAUUAUUUCUGAUCAAAUUUUGUAUUAUUGCGUGUAAACUUAUGUGUAUUCUUUAGAAAAUUUAGUCCAGACAGUAUAGUUAUAGUAUAAGUUAGGCAGUUAGCCCUAAAGUGUACAGCAAUAACUUUUCUUUUUAUUAUUUUUACAGCCCCCAUUGGUACAUAGCCAGUAACGUGACGUAAACAAUCUCUCCAUAUUCUUAUUUUUUAAAAUUCACCCUACAUGCCAGAUUGAAAUUGUUCAACUGAAAGCAUCAUUCACAAGAAACAAAACAAUAAAUUAGAUUUAUAUUAAAUUAUACCAAAAUUAUUUAUUGAUGCUUAACUUUUAAAACUAAAAGCAUGUUCACAAAAUAAAUUUAUAUACAAUUGGCGUGUAUAUUGGCUAGUUUUAGGAAAAAUUAAAAAUAUGAAUACGAGUUCAUUAAACUUCAGUACCAGUUUUUAAAUAUGGAUAAUCAAGUGUAUGUUAUUAUGUGUAGUAAGUUUGAUCUUGUUCCAUUCACCCAUGCCCAUGCAGGAUCCUUUGAUUGGAAUUAUAUUUAUACACCUCACAUAAGAGAGAAAAAAUUUGGGCCCCUAUAAAAUAAUGGAACAUCUAAUUAAAUUUGAAAAUUUCGUUUAACAUACCAACUUAUAGGUGAUCAAAAAUCUGGACACAGGGUUAAAAAGUACAAAAAACGUGGAGCUAAUGGUUGGGGGAUGUUCAAAGAUGCUUUAGAUAUAAACUAAAACGAAAAUAAGUUCAGUAUUACUAUUAGUUAACUAUCACUGCCUGGAUUUAAUUUAAUGACAAAAUUCUAUCAGAAAUAAUACACGCAUCUGAACUGCAAGAUAAUUUGGCUUAAAUUAACAUGCUUGAGUGCUUUUAUUUUGUUGAGCAUUAAAACCAAAACUUUAUUGCUUUGCUUCUAAAAGAAAUUCUCAAAUUAUUUAACUUAAAUUACUUUGCAUUAAGUUAUAUUAUUGCACUUUUUCUUGGUAUUUGAAUUUCUCUUAAUUUUAAUUUGUUUAAUUUUUCACCUGACAAUCACUGACAUGUCAAUAUCAAUUAAAUUUUUUAUUGAAAUUAUUAACAGGAAUUCCAAACAUUGACUUUGGAAGCAUACGUUUGCCAGGUGGCUCACAGCAGGCACAAACUAGACGUGAGGAUGAUCCAGCCUUUAUUAGGGAAAUGCUUCUUGCCAAUCCAAGUCAGCUUGCCUUGUUAAAGGAAAGAAAUCCACCAUUGGCAGAAGCUUUGCUAAGUGGAGACAUGGGUAAAUAUUUUGUAUCAUCAUCAAUUGUGCUAAUCAAUCCUACUGAUUUUGGCUCUUUUUGCAGUUUUUUUUAUGUUUAAUGUUCAUACUCCUAGUAUAAAAUUAUUGUUUUUUCAUACUCCUAGUAUAAAAUUGUUUUCUUGCAGCUAAAUUUACUAAAGUCUUUGAAGAGCAAAGACAGGCAAGAAUUAAAGAAGAAGAGAAGAGGAUACGGCUCCUGUCUGCAGAUCCAUUUGAUCCUAAUGCACAGCAGCAAAUUGAAGAAGCAAUCAGGUAUAAUAUCAGUGUGAAGCAUAUUAGACAAAAUAUUGCGCCUUAAAAAUCCACACCCCGCCAGACCCAUGUUUCGGUUUCCCAUACCCUACCAUAGAUCGAAAGCCUGUAUAUUAAAUAUUUUGUAAAUACUAAGUUCAGGUUUUAUCACGUGACUUGAAAAAGGUCAUAGUAAUUGCCGCGCCCAUGAAUGCAUUGUUUUUGUUAUGUUUUAGUAUUUUUCGAUGUAUAGAGGUGACGAAAAUAGAAAAAUUGCUAUUCUAAAGGACUCAAACUAGAGUAGUUGAUAAUGAAAAUAAUGAAAAGGAUUAUUAUUGUGUUUUGAAAAAGGAUUGAAAUAACGCAAACAGACAAUGAAAGUGACGAUCAAAUGACUUAAAUUUCUAGUGUUAUUGAUGUACUUAGGGUCUACCCCAAUUUCAAGCCAAUGCUUUUAUGAAAAAUCAGGGUUGUAUAAAUGACCUUUUACUAUGCUAUUUUACACCAUUUCUAAGACAAUUUUCUCCUUGUAAAAUUUUGUAUUAUACUUAUGGACUACUAACAGACAAAUUUAGAAUGGAAUAAAUAAUAUGUAUUGGAUUUUAUAAUCAAUUGAUUUUGUUUUUUGCUUGUUUGUCAGUUUGUAGCAUUUUCCCCCAUGAACCCAGGGGCAUGGGUAUUUUAGGACCAGGAGCCAAGGGUUCAAAGGGUUAAUAUAGGAUGGAAAUCGUAAUUUUUUUUUUCAAUAUUUUUUUCUAUGGAGCGAGAAUGGCAAUAUGCUUUAAAGUGAACUCAUUCGCAAUUUAAACAUAAAUAUGAACACCCCAUGACAGUAAAAUUUUCUCAUGGUAAACCAUGACCUCCAGAUUUACAACACAUUAUUAUAGUGUGUAAUAUUGAUAUUUAGUUUAUUGAACUGAAGAUACUAGGUUUGCUAUUGGAUUUUUAAAAAUCUUGAUAAGACAUUAAUCAGGAUGGGGUCAAUGCACAAUUGGUCCAGAUUAUCAGUGUUUUCCUGAAAAUUAAAGACAAUGACAUUAUUUGUACUUAAAGUCCAUACGAUAAUAAGUUAUACAUUCAGUGGUGGUGGUGUUUGAAAUUGUUUUAGGUUAACCAAAAUACUAUUAUUCUUAUUUCUAAAGCUUGAUGUAAUUAAGUGCAAUUUUUAACUUUAACUUUAAGUACAAGCAUUAUUAACUCAGCAUUAAUUUAAAUAGAUUUAGCUAAAUACAUAAUUGUUACAGUUAUUGGAAACAAUUAUAGAAUACAUGGUAACAACUUACUUGAUUGCUUUUAUAUCCAACAUAAAAGUACAUCAGAGCUGAAAUUUAAAUAAUGCAUAUUCAUUGUAGGAUAGCUGUUUCUUGUCUCUCUGUGAAUUUUUUGGUUUAUCACUUAGCCAUAGUCUUUUUGUCAUCAGGUUGUGACAAGUGCAGUCUGUUAUGGAAAAGUCACAUUGCACUUUUCCCGGCCUGUUGACGUGAAGAUACUAAUCAGUAUGGCUCGUUGAAUUGGUUAUUUUAUAAAUGCCCUGGAGCGAUUAUUUGUUAAAUGCCUCUGGUACACCUAUUUUAUACAUAAGUGGACAAUGAAGGAGACUGACAGGACAGUGCCAUCAUAUUUCAAAUGUUUAUCUUUGAUAAAUGACAAUUUGUACUUGAAAAGGAAAAUGCUUCUUUCAGUUUAGCAGUAUAAGAUUAAUUGUAGAAGUUCCAUGUGGAUUGAUAACAAAUUAUAAAAAAAAUUAUGUGAGAUGCUGGACAUAAGAUGGCUAGGAUAUGGCCUAAUGCACACUAUUUUAAUUCAAUACUGCACAUUAUUAUUAUUACGUAAUGCCUAAUGAUGUAGGAGUUGUUAUGCUCCUAAACUAUUAUUUUUAAAAGAACAUACAAUACCUUGGUUCUGGCAGGUCUUGGUUAGUGCAAAUUUGUGAAGAUCUGAAUCAAAUUGCACUUACCCCGGCCUGUUAUAACCAUUUACUUUCACAAAAAUAUUGUUUUUCUUUAGUGUACAUCUGUUCAUUGAUGCGAGUCAGACAUAUAAAGUGCAUGCAGUGAAGUUGGAUGUUUGUUGUAUGUCUUAACUGAGUUUUUGAAGAUAUUUUUUUAUGUUGGCACAUGGAUAUUUGUGUUUGAGCUUUUUGAAUUGCUUAUGUUUAGUAGCUGAAGCUCGGGCUGAGAAGAGAGGUCUUGAUCUGUGCAAUGUGCCAUUUAUAAUUCAUAUUGCACUUCUCCAGGCCUUUUUUCCCAUGUCUUUAUGUCGGCAGUAUUUAGAUAAUCUGUUUGCAGUUUAAAUUUCCUCUUAAAUUUUAUAUUCUUUUAGCUUUAGAUGUGUGUGACACGAAAAAGAUUUGGCCUGCAGGUUGGGGGUGGUGCAAUUUUUGUUUUCACAUAUUCAAAUUGCACUUCACCCGGCCUGCUUGCUGCAAGCUUUUAUCAUCUCUCCAAAGUAUCUCAAAACAUUAUUUUUUAGUUGAUCAUGAUUUACAUUUGAUAAAAAAUAAGAUACCUAAGCUGUGUUUAAAAGUACCAUAUACAAUCUCAUGUAAAUCUUUAAAAAAGGGGGACAUUAAACUGAAAUUACAUACUUAAUUAUUCUUUUUAAACAUUGUUUCCAUUAAAUUUCAAUCUUGCUUUUAUACAGUAGUUUGGUGUUUUUUUUAAUUUUUAAUUUUUUUUUAAACUAUAGGAUGAAGAACAUUGAAAGUAACAUGGAGACUGCCAUGGAGUUUGCCCCUGAAAGCUUUGGUCAAGUUCAUAUGUUGUAUGUUGAUUGCAAGGUGAAUGGAUACCCUGUGAAAGCUUUUGUUGACUCAGGUGUGGUGCUCAUUGUGGUAAUUUCACUUAUUAGUACUUUAUGGUUCUUAACAAGUUCACAUUUUCUUAUUAAAAAUCAUGCAUUGUUAGAAAAGUUACUAUUCAUAAUUGGUGAAAUAGUAUUUAUUCAGAACAGUCUGCAUGCCUCAAAAUUUUCCACUAAGGACUAUUAUUGAUAGUUUUCUCACCUUCAUUAAAUCUUAUAGAGCCUCUGGAAAGGGCAUGUUUUCCUGGCUAAAACCUGCAAUCAUCAGGAUCCUUGUCAGCUUUCAUUUUGUUUUCUGUUAUAUUGAUUAUCUUUGUAAUGAAAUUAUCUAUUUGUUAUUCUUAUUUUAUGUUCAGUUUCCCCUGAUUUUUAAUUACAAAUUUUUUUUUUUUUAACUCUUAAGGUGCCCAAAUGACAAUAAUGAGCCAACAGUGUGCUGAAAGAUGUCAUAUAAUGAGACUAGUGGACAGGAGAUGGGAAGGUGUUGCUAAAGGAGUUGGAACACAAAAAAUAUUAGGCCGUGUGCAUUUAUGUAUGUUGUUUUUAUUGAUGGUUAACUUUCUAAGGUCUAUAUUCAGCUUGUUUUGGAAUUUAAAGGGUAUACAAAAAAUGUCAAUAUAAAAUUACAUAUACUAGCCUUUUUUAAAAAAAAAUUGUGGGGGUUGUUGAUGGAUAUGAAGUCUUAAUUGAUGUUUGACUGCUUUUAAUGCUCUUUUAUUUUAUUUUUUUCCUGUUUAGGUCAAAUUCAAAUAGGAAACGUAUUUCUCCAAUCAUCAUUUUCUAUCUUAGAAAAUCAGCCUAUGGACAUGUUACUUGGUUUGGAUAUGCUUAAAAGACAUCAGGUAAAAUGGUCUUCUCAAUAUCAAAUAAUUGUGUUAAGUUUCGGUAAAAGUGUUCAGAUGUUCAUCUAGUUUUUUUAUUCCCCUUUUAAUUUAUAUUUUUUUAAUGUUCAUUUUAUCAACUUUUUCAUCUACAGUUUUUGGGCCAUAAGUGUUUUAUGAAAUUGUUAAUGUAUUCUUUGUUUUUAUGUAUAUUGUGCAGUGUGUCAUAGACCUCAGAAAAAACCAGCUGGAAAUUGGAACCACCGCAACAAUUACUCCAUUUUUAGGAGAAGCAGAUUUACCAGAACAUGCUCGUCUCAAUCAGCCCACUAAUACAUCAACUCAAGAGGAAGACCGGGAGUUAGCAGAAGUCCUUUCUCGUUCAGCUCAAGAAGCUUGUGAGUUAAACAGACUUGACUCCAUAGCUUUAAACACGUGUUAUAAUUAUGCUAAAAGAUUUAUUCGUCUGCUAUUUACAACUUGCAUGAACCUGGUGUUUAGAAAGAUUCUUAGUAACCAGCGCACAUUUGGUAUAUUUUUCUGAAGUGAUAAUAACUUAUUAGUGAGUCUUAAAAAGAAAAAAAAUGAUAUAGUCUUAUCAAUUAAUAAUCUAUCACAAUAUAACUAAUAUGAGGAAAAAUUAAAGAAAUGUAAAGGAAUAGGUGAUAUCCUGAAUAAAGACCAAAGAAAACAUGGACUUUUCGACUGAAAGCCUUGAACAACAAAUAUGACAGCAGAGAAUGAAGAAUAACAAGAGUAUCAAACCACAUCUUAGCAUGAUAAGAGUUAGGAAAUGUUGAACAUGAUCUUUUUUAAAAAUUAACCACUAUUAUUUAAAUUUGUCAUUUGUUCCAAUACAAACAGAAUUUUAUAACAGAUAAAUUGAAACAUGUUAUUUUAGUUAUAUAUAUAUUGAUUCAUUUUCACAGCUGGCUCUUCUUCAAACAAACAAUCUUCACGAAGCCAACCUUCCACAUCCCCACAUCAGUUUUCAGAAGAAAUAGUUGCUCGACUUAUGAAUAACGGUUUCAGCAGAAAUGCUGUCCUUGAAGAAUUGAGGCGCUCCAAUGGCGAUGCAGACCAGGCACUUGCAACAUUGUUCUCCAAGUCGUUUAGUAUGCCUUGACCAUUUUGAAGCCUAUUCUUUUUGGAUUUUACCUGUGUGCAUUAUUUAUUUGUGUAUUCAUAAAUAGUGGGGUUGCCAAAUUGGAGCACUUGGCCCCUUGGGAGGUAGCUGAUGAUUUAAACCAAUGCUUUAAAUAUCAAUUGCUGUACUUGAGUUAUGGCUACAUUUAAUAUUGUUCCCUUAAACAAAAAUUGGCAUGGUAACGUAUCCUUACUAAUUCACCUGUGCUUUUUUUUAUGCUGAGUUGUUAAAGCUUUUGUUUGAUGAAAACAACAUGGACUCAAACUGGACUACAACAGACCUGUUUACUCUUACGAUUUUGGGGUACAAUGUUCGAUUUUGAGGUGUAGGCAUGUUUAAUUUUUUUUUACUAUAGAUAGUGUAUUGAAUGAUUUUGUGAGGAUAUUGUACGAUUUUAAGAGUUUGAGGGUAAACAGUCUGCCUCGCAGAUUUAUUUAUAAACUUUUCUUGAUCCCUUUUGAGUUAAUGUUUAGUUAAUGCAGAAUUAAAUUGUUGUCUACAGGCCAAAAUGAAAGAUCUUCUUGUACAAUACACUUAUCUUAAAAGAAAUCUGUGUGUAAGAUGUGAGUGGGUCUUAUUAAUAAAUAAUGAAAAAUAAGAGUGAGUUUCACUUCAAGUUCAAAACGCUUUUUUAAAAAAAGUAUUUAUAAAAAAAAUUAUAUUUUAGGAACAUAUUUUUUUCCAUAGAAUGAUUUUUAUUGCACUUUUUUUCCAUAGAAUGAUUUUAUUGCAGAUAAGUAAAGGUUAACAUUAAUUGUUGGUUUAAGUUAGUUUUGUAUUAUUAUUUUUUAUUGAAACUUGGCCUUUUUUCUUUCUGGAUGAUUUAUCAUUUUUCAAAUAUUUUACAGAAAUUAUUUUAGCAUAUUGGUGUCUUAGUUUUUCCAAAAUAAAAAUUUUUCGUUAUGAUAAAUUAACCUUUAAAUUAAGUCACAAUCAUAACAUGUUCAUGGAAAGGCAUAACAUUUGCUCAUAAUUAAAAUGAAAAAUGUUGACUUACAUAGGGGUUAAUUUGUACUUGAUUGGGGGUAAAACUUAAAUCUCCAUAGAAAAUCAUCUUAACAAGAUCAUUAGAUCUUUCACUUAACAUUUUUUUUAAAAUUAUUAUUUAUUCAGUGUAAUAAAAUUUAAAAAACAUAGUUUUAUAAGAUACUGUGGUUAAAAUUAUUUAUUUCCCAACUUUAAAAACGUACAUUGUAGAAGUAGAAGGGUGAUACUGAUACAUGACCUGUUACCUUGUUAAACUUGUGGAUCCUAAAAUAGCUUGAAUUAAAACUCCAGUAAGGUACCGAACUUGUAAAACUAUUUAUUCCCAAGCACAUUCAACUAUUUCUUUCCAUUCUGAUCUUGCAGUUUAUAUCCUUAUGCUUUUGACAAAAACUAUUGGUUAAUUAGCGGUUGGUGUUGUUCCGAAAAGGGGCGGUGCAAUAAUACUGGUAUUAAAUUUAAAUGACAAUUUCCUCCUAAAUCCCUGGUGUAGCUGUUGCUUCUUACGAUUCUUUUAUAGUGCUGCUGUAUAUAUCUUAUCUGAAAACGUCAGAGUUAGUGGGUGAGGGGAUUACAGUAAUUUUAUUUUUUUUAAUUAUUAUUAUUAUUUAUACUGGAACACGAGUGUACUAUUUGUUCAAAACAUGCAAGUAUAAUUUUAGGCAUUCACAACACCAUUAUUUAUUUUAAUUGCAUCUUUUUAUUUCCAGCUAUGUUGAGCAUUUAAGACUUUAGGCCAACUUCUAAUGUGACCAUAUAAUUUACAAUAGACUUUCAGGACUACUUUUUGGUUUUAUUUUAACAAUUUUAUAUUUCUCAAAAUUUUUAAAGGAAUAUUAACAGUUCUGUUAAGUACUUUCUAUUAUCCACUGAAUAAUCUCUAUUUGAAUUAAGCUAAGGGACAUGCUAGUAUGCAGCUUUUAGUAAUAGGAUUCUGUUGAUAUCAUUCUGUUUUGUAUUCUAAUGAGUGAUAGUUUUUUUGUAUUUUAAAAGAUUUUUAACUUUAUUAUUUAUUCCUAUUGGAUAAUUUCUUUUAAUUUGUACUGCUUUUUUUUUUUAUUUAACUUAAGUUUUCAAAAAGAAACUAUUUGUUUAAUGUUAUAUUUGUCUUGAAAAAUGUUUGACUAGGGUGCCUCCUGUCUUUAAACAUGAUUUCUAAGUACAUUCCUGUCUGCUCUUCAACAUAUCAAGAUUUCUGUUUGUGUAAUUUUACAAAUACUUACUAAGCAUACAUCCUUAUUCCUUCCCUUUCUUUGACAUACUAACUAAUAUUGGAAAUUAUAAUUUAUAUUGCUCAGUGGAAAUUACAUUACAUGCUAACUUGAAGAAACCAUUUAACAAGACAUUGUGCUUCCCAGAGUGUUGAUUCAAAUUUGAGACUCCUUUAGAUCCUACAUUCAAGUCUUUGUAUAAGAUGCCACUAACAGAUACAUUUCUGAGCCAAUUAAAAUAUUGAAAAAUCUUAAGCCUUUGUCUCCUCAAUUUCGAUGAAAGUGGAAAGGAUAAAUUUAAUCUGAAUAUUCUGUUACCAGACUUGGUGUGUAUUAUUGAUAAUCAGAAUAUUCUCUCACCUCACAGAUGGUGAGAAUUGAUAAGUUUGAGAAUUUUGACUGACGACAUUUCCUAUUUGUUCAAUUUUUGUUAUUCGCCUAUGAACAAUUUACAUGUGUAAUAUUAUUAAAGUUUUAUAUGCAAACAUGAUUAAAAA